AUGUGUUCUUUCUUUCUUUUUUCUCUUUCUUUCUUUCUUUCUUUCUUUCUUUUUCAUUCAUUUUCUUGUUUUUUCUUAUUAUUGUUCUUCAUUUUUCUAUCUCCAUUAAUUAAUUCUUUCUUUCUUUCUUUCUUUCUUUCUUUCUUUCUUUCUUUCUUUCUUUCUUUCUAUUUCUUUCUUUUUCUUUCUUUCUUUCUUUCUUUCUUUCUUUUUUUUUUUUCUUUCUUUUUUCUUUCUAUGUACAGUCUUUCUUUUUUCUUUUCUUUCUAUGUUCAGUCUUCUUUCUUUCUUUCUUUCUUUCUAUGUACAGAUUCCUUUUCUUUUCUUUUCUUUCUUUCUUUUUUUUCUUUCUUUCUUUCUAUGUACAGUCUUCUUUUUCUUUUCUUUCUUUUCUAUGUACAGUCUUCUUUUUUCUUUCUUUCUUUCUUUCUAUCUUUACUUUCUUUGUUUCUUUUUCUUUCUUUCUUUCUUUUUCUUUCUUUCUUUCUUUCUUUCUAUGUCAGUCUUCUUUCUUUUCUUUCUUUCUUUUUUCUUUUCUUUUCUUUUUCUAUUCGAACAGAUUAUCUAUCUAUCUAUCUAUCUAUCUAUCUAUCUCAUUCUGUUCAUCUCUAA